GGAAAAAAGCGCGCCCUUUUGGUCGGUAUCAACUACAUUGGUAGUGAAAAUGCCCUCAAUGGUUGUAUUAGUGAUGUCUUAAAGAUGAAGAAGUUCUUGAUGAAGUCGUAUGGCUUUCGAGAGUGUGAUAUAACCGUCUUAAGAGAUGAUUCUGAGGAUCCUGAUCUCAUGCCCACUUAUGGAAACAUCCGGACAGCCAUGGGAGAACUGUGUAGAGAUAGCCAGCCUAACGAUUCGUUCUUCUUCCAUUACAGUGGACAUGGAGGCAGUAUCCCGGAUGAGAGCGGCGAUGAAGUUGACGGAAUGGACGAAUGUAUAUUCCCUUGCGAUUGUGAUGAAGGAUACAUCAUUAUAGACGAUCUUAUGCAUGAUCUCAUGGUCAGACCAUUGUGUGAAGGCUCCCGUCUUACAGCCUUGUUCGACAGUUGCCACUCUGGAACUGUUCUUGAUCUUCCCUACAUCUAUUCAUCCAAGGGUCACGUCAAGAAGAAGAGCUUGUUCAGACAGGCCAGUGCUGGUCUAUUUGAUAUUACUUCUAAGCACAAGGGUGGUGCCCUCAAGCUGCUGUCAUCAUUUAUGGAUCUUGGUCAGGAUCUAAUCAAAACGCGCGAAGUCGAAUCUUUCCACCGCGAGUUAAAUACUUCUGCAGCAGAUGUUAUUAUGUUCUCAGGUUGCGAAGACCAUGAAUUUUCAACAGAUGCCAGUGUAUCAAAUGAGUCAGUUGGUGCCGUAAGCUAUGCUUUCAUGAGAACAUUGACCGAAAAACCUGACCAGACUUACCAGGAGCUGUUACAAAAUAUUCGCAAGAUGACAGUUCUUAAAUAUGACCAGAAUCCUCAGUUGAGCAGUUCUCAUCCUAUUGAUCUUAAGAAAAAAUUCAUCUGUUAA